AUGGACGUCGCUCAAGCAGUCUCGGGGUACAUCAACAAGGUGGUUGCGACAAGCGAUACGUCGUCCUCCAAGAUGAAAAUCCUUCUGCUCGACAAAGAAACUGUCUCUAUCGUUUCAACUGCGGUCACACAGUCAGCCCUCCUCAACCAUGAGGUCUAUCUCAUCGACCGCCUUGACAAUACAGCUCGCGAGAAGAUGCGACACCUGAGAUGUCUGUCUUUCGUUCGGCCAUCACCUGAAUCAAUCCAACUACUUAUAGAUGAGCUGCGAGACCCAAAGUAUGGCGAGUAUCAUUUGUACUUCACAAAUGUUGUCAAAAAGUCGUCUUUGGAACGCUUGGCUGAGGCUGAUGAUCAUGAGGUGGUCAAGCUGGUACAAGAGCAUUUCGCCGACUAUAAUGUUAUCAACCCGGACCUAUUCUCCUUUGGUUUUACUCUUCCUCAACAACGCAUCUGGGCUGGGGGUCCAGAUACAUGGAACCCCGACUCACUGCAGCGGUGCUCAGAGGGUCUUGUUGCUGUGCUGCUCUCACUGAAGAAGAAGCCCCUUAUCAGAUAUCAAAAAACGAGUCCCUUGGCGAAGAAACUUGCGACAGAGGUUCGAUAUCUGAUGACACAAGAGAACUCCCUAUUUGACUUUCGAAAAGUCGACACCCCUCCCAUUCUUCUUGUACUGGAUCGCCGCGAAGAUCCGGUAACACCGCUGCUUACGCAAUGGACAUAUCAGGCUAUGGUUCAUCACCUAUUGGGCAUCCAGAACGGGCGCGUUGAUCUGAGUGAUGUUCCGGACAUCAGUCCAGAGCAAAAGGAAAUUGUCUUAUCCCAGGAUCAAGAUCCGUUCUUCAAGAAGAACAUGUUCCUUAAUUUCGGUGAUCUCGGAGGUAACAUCAAGGAAUACGUUGGUCAGUUUCAAUCCAAGACAAAGAAUAAUGAGAACAUUGAUUCAAUAUCCGAUAUGAAGAGAUUUAUCGAGGAAUAUCCAGAGUUUCGCAAGCUCUCUGGCAAUGUCAGCAAGCACGUUACUCUGGUGUCGGAGCUCAGCAGACGUGUGGCAGCCGAUAACCUGCUAGAAGUGAGCGAGCUGGAGCAAAGCCUAGCUUGCAAUGAGAACCAUGGAACAGAUGUAAAGAAUAUUCAACGUCUCAUCCAAUCACCAAACGUCACACCAGAGAACAAAAUGAGCCUUGUUGCCUUGUACGCUCUUCGCUAUCAUAGACACCCCUCCAACUCUUUGGCUAUGCUCACAGAUCUUCUUGUUGCUGCUGGAAAUGUGUCCCCACGAGAAGCAGAUCUGGUCGGCAAGCUGACGGCGUAUCACACAUCCCUCCAGGCGUCACAGUCUCAGGGUGGAAUUUCAGAAAUCUUUGAGUCGGCAGGCAUCUUCUCUGCUACUUCAAACCGCUUCAAGGGACUCAAGGGAGUAGAGAAUGUCUACACACAACACAGUCCGCUCUUAGAGACCACUUUACAGAACUUGAUCAAGGGAAGAUUGAAGGAUCAACAAUAUCCCUUUGUGGAGGGCGGUGGCUCUACUAAAGAUAAACCUCAAGAUGUUAUUGUAUUCAUCGUUGGCGGUGCCACUUAUGAAGAGGCCAAGAUGAUUGCAGAAUUAAAUGCGUCAAGCCCGGGCGUACGGGUUGUUUUAGGCGGUACAACGAUUCAUAACUCGGCGACGUUUCUGGAAGAGGUGGAUGAUGCUGUGAGUUCAUGGCCCGAGAGUCGAGGCAGAAGACCUUAUGAUGUCGUGGUUAUCGGAGGUGGUCAUGCUGGCGCCGAGGCAUGUGCUGCUGCUGCGAGAGCUGGCGCGCGAACAGCCUUGAUUACGCCCAAGAUGGAUAAUCUGGGAACGUGUUCCUGCAAUCCGAGUUUCGGCGGUAUCGGCAAGGGCACAAUUAUCCGAGAGAUCGAUGCGCUUGAUGGUCUAGCGGGGAGAAUUAUCGACAAGUCGGGCGUGCAAUUUCACGUCUUGAAUCGAAGGAAGGGCGCUGCUGUCUGGGGACCCCGCGCACAAAUCGAUCGCGACCUCUACAAGAAGCACAUGAAGGCCGAGCUCUCCUCCUAUCCGAACCUUUCGAUCGUACUUGACAGCGUGUCCGAUAUCGUUCUUACCCCUCAAGAUUCGACAGAUGGCGCAUCGAGUCGCAUUGCUGGAGUCCGUCUCGAAUCAGGUCAGGUUCUCCCAACAAGCAAAGUCAUCAUAACCACUGGAACCUUCCUCGGAGGCGAGAUACACAUAGGCCUAAAUGCGUAUCCGGCCGGCCGUCUUGGCGAGGCGGCCACAUUCGGGCUGAGCAAAUCGCUGCGUGAUGCAGGCUUUCAACUCGGACGACUCAAGACAGGCACACCUCCGCGAAUCGACCGAGAUAGCAUAAACUUUGACGUUCUGGAGAAGCAGUAUGGCGACGACCCACCAUCUCCAUUCAGCUACCUCAACGAGACAGUGGCAGUCCAGGAGCAGCUCACAUGUAGUGUGACGUACACAAACGAAGAAACCCACAAGGUCGUACGUGACAACCUCGACAAGACGAUCCACAUUCGAGAGACCGUAAGAGGCCCGCGAUAUUGCCCCUCUCUCGAAUCCAAAAUCAUCCGUUUCGCAGGCAAGACACGACACAUCGUCUGGCUUGAACCCGAAGGUUUUGAGAGUCCUGUCAUCUACCCCAACGGGCUGUCAAUGACUAUCCCUGAGGAGGCGCAGCAAGAGGUCUUGCGCACAAUUCCAGGGCUCGAGAACUCCAAAAUGCUUCAACCCGGAUACGGGGUUGAAUACGACUACAUAGACCCCCGUGGCCUCAAGUCGACAUUAGAGACAAAGGCCAUUAGCGGCCUCUACCUCGCGGGCCAAAUCAAUGGUACAACAGGGUAUGAGGAGGCAGCUGGCCAGGGUGUUCUCGCGGGUAUCAAUGCAGGACGUACCUCAAAGGGUCUUCCUGGUGUUUCUCUUGCACGAGGUGAUGGAUACAUCGGUAUCAUGGUGGAUGACCUUAUCACGAAAGGUGUCACAGAACCCUACCGAAUGUUUACCUCUCGUAGCGAAUUCCGCAUGGCAGCACGUGCCGAUAAUGCUGAUUUCCGCCUAACGUCAAAGGGCCAUGAAUGGGGUGUCAUAUCCGACAAGCGUUGGAGUAGCUAUCGUCAUGAACGAGAGCAGAUGGAUGGCCUCACAAAAGCCCUGCAGUCAGUAUCCCUUAGUCCAACCCAGUGGAUAGAAAAGGGUUUUUAUCUCAAACGCAACACUACCCGUCGAGAUGGCAUCGACAUGCUGCGUCUUUCAAGCACAACUACCCGCAUUGAGCUUGAGCAGCUUGCAUCAGUCGUGCCGAGUAUUAUGGACUAUUCGCCGCGUGUACGGAACCGUGUUGCAAUCGAGGCCUUUUACGCCCCGUACAUCAAAAUCGCCGAGACGGAGCGCAAACAGUUCACAAACGACGAGCGUGUGCGUAUCCCCCUCAGCCUCGACUACGACGAUAUCCCUGGUCUUGCACUGUCAGAGAAAGAGGCGCUUAAAAUUGCAAAGCCGGAGAAUCUAGCACAGGCAAGACGUGUUGAGGGUGUGACUCCUUCGGGAAGUCUGCGUCUACUCGCAUACGUUCGACGGAAGCCUGCUCGAAAUGUAUUGUCAGAGGUGACAGAGGUUAUAUGA